GAGGUGAAGGUCACAGACCAGGUGAAGGUCACAGAUGAGUAGACUGGUGGAGGUGAGGUGAAGGUCACAGACCAGGUGAAGGUCACAGAUGAGGAGAAUGGUGGAGGUGAGGUGAAGGUCACAGACCAGGUGAAGGUCACAGAUGAGGAGAAUGGUGGAGGUGAGGUGAAGGUCACAGACCAGGUGAAGGUCACAGAUGAGGAGAAGGUCAGAGAUGAAGAGAAGAUCACAGAUGAGGAGAAGGGUAGAGCAGAGGAGACCGAGGUGAACGCAGAGAAGCCUCUGGAGGAUGGAGUCUGCGAGAAGCCGAUUAAACAAAGGCGGAAGAGGAAACAACAAAGCAGCGUCAACGGCGAGCCGAGGCGGAGUCAGAGGAAACACAGCUGCCAGAUGAUGAGAGAGGAGAAGCCUGUGGAGGCAGAGGUUAAGAAGGAGGAGGAUGACGAGGAUUGGAUGGAUAUUAGUCAGAGAGAGAACGAAGACGGUGUCGAUAUCAAGUCGGAGGAUGGAGAGGAGACGUGGGAGAACGGCAAGGUGGAGGCAGAUGGAGAGGGGGAGGAGGCGACAGUGGAGGAGGAACCGGCGAGGAAGGCGGUUCCCCAUGUGGUCACGUCGGAGAGCAGCCGCUGGCACCUCAUCUGUACAACGGAGGAGGACUGGAAGCAACUGGGAGAGAAGUUCCGCAACAGCAAGGAGCGGUGUGAGAAGAAGCUAUAUCGCGCCAUUUUUGAAGACUUUCUGCCAGAGAUCGCCAACCUGAUUGUGGAGAAGGAACGGAUGAUGAAGAAAAGACUCCAAGAGAUGGCGCCACGUAGGAUGUCAUCCAGAGUAGAACAGAAGAAAAAGGAGAAGGAAGAGAAGGACCGCAUCCAGGUGCUGAUCGACGAGGAGGAGAGAGAGAGGAAGCGGCGCGAGGACGAGAAGAAGCAGAUGAGGCUGGACGCCGAGCGGGAGGAGAACGCGCGGCUGUCGCGCGAGCGCCGCAUCAAGCUCCGCGAAGAGAGGGCGCUGCGCGUACGCCUGCGGGAGCAGCGCGCAGCGUUGAUCGCCGCCGGCCAAGAGAUCCCGCCCGAGCUGCAGCAUCCGGGGUUGCUAGGCGACGAGCGGGACGAGGAGCGGCCGCUCGAUGACAAGGUGUACGUGAGCAUGCAGCGCGUGCUGGAGGCAGUGCAGACGCACCGCGACGCGUGGCCCUUCACGGAGCCGAUCACCGAGGCCAUCGCGCCGGGGUACUUCGACAUGAUCGAGGAGCCGAUGGAUUUUAUGGCGAUUGAGGAGAAGAUGGAGGCGAGGGACUACACGAGCAAGCAAGAGUUCCUCGACGACUUCCAACUGAUCUUCGACAACUGUCGGCAGUACAACGGCCCCGACAGCGACUACUCGUGGAUGGCGAAGAGUCUCGAGGUGGUGGUGCGCCGCGCCGCAAAGCGCCACCUACCGGAGGAGACGGAGAAGGCUGACAGCGACGACGAGUUCCAGAUGGACGACCGUAAGGUGAACGUUCGCGCCUCGAUCAGGCCGCAGCGACAGGCGACGAGCCGCGCUCUGAAGACCCUGUCAGCCAUCACCAAGCAGAUGGAACAGGAUUCGAGCGAUGACUACGACGACGAUGAUGACGAUGAUGACGACGACGACGAUGACAACGUCGGCGCUAGCGGCGGUGGCGGCGGCAUGGGGAGCCGCACACGCUUCCUUGGCGAGCACACGUACAGCCAGCGCAACCCGAUCAACCGCCGCCCGAUCUACAUGCAGCAGAGCGAGACCGCCGCCGCCGCCGCCGCCGCCGCCGCGAUGCCCUACCGCAGUAAGAUCCUGCUCGUCGACGAACGCGGAAACCCCGUCGGCUCUCGCGCCGCCGAGACGGAUGAGGACGCGGCGCCGGUGAAACUUGCGAAGAAGCCGGCGCCAUCUAGCAUGCAGCAGCAGGUGGCGUCGCUGCUCGGCGGGAAGCUGGCGAUCCCGCGCGGCGGUCAGGUGAUGGUGCUGCCGACGGCCGAGCUGCAGGCGAUGCUCGCGUCCGGAGCCGUCGCCACGACGACGGCCACGGGAGAGAAGGCGUCGCCGGCGACGGCGCGGGUGCUGCUGGAGGCGAUCCGCACGGAGCGUGGCGCGCCCGGCAGCGUGGCGGCGCGGCCCAUGACGCUGUCGUCGUCGCCGCUGCGGCAGCGUUUCCCGCCGUACGCGGCCGCGCGGCAGACCCCGCCGCCGCCGCCGCGGCCGCUCGUCCAGGUCGUCGUGCGGCCGCCCGCCACCCCGCCAACCAUCGUCCAGUCACCGGGCGGCGUCCGCACGCUGCUGGCAACGAUGGGGAGCGCGGCGACGUCGUCGCCAGGGGGCGCCAGCGUGCCACAGCAGCCGUCUGCACGGGCUUAA